AGAUGGCGGAACCCGUCACGGGCUGAGUCCGUCGGUGGCGCGCGCCGCGCCCGGGGGGGGGGGUGCCAUCGCCGCGCAGCGUCCCCGCCUCGCCCGCCGUCCAGGUUCCCAUUUUAAAAGCAAUUGGAAGACACUCUGCCACCCUCUUGGAUUAUUUUCCAUACAGCUCAUCAUGUCACUGUGCCCAGGAUUUUACAAGGUGGCCAUGAUUUAAUCCCCACUUCCCACUCCUAUGUAUUGGUGAAGCACUGGAGCUCUUUUGAGCUGCUGUUACUCCUGUGGGAACUGAUCUGUCUUGAAUCCCUUCUCCCAAGGACUAGACAUUGCCAGCAAUGAGCUCCCAAAGCCAUCCAGAUGGGCUUUCUGGCAGAGACCAGCCAGUGGAGCUGUUGAAUCCACCUCGAGUGAACCACAUGCCCAGCUCUGUUGACGUGAGCACAGCUCUUCCCUUGCAAGUGGCGCCGAGCUCGGUGCCCAUGGACCUGCGGCUGGACCACCAGUUCUCCAUGCCGGUGACAGAGCCCACGCUGCGCGAGCAGCAGCUGCAGCAGGAGCUGCUGGCCCUCAAGCAGAAGCAGCAGAUCCAGAGGCAGAUCCUGAUUGCAGAGUUCCAGCGGCAGCACGAGCAGCUCUCCCGGCAGCACGAGGCGCAGCUGCACGAGCACAUCAAGCAGCAGCAGGAGAUGCUGGCCAUGAAGCAUCAGCAGGAACUGUUGGAGCACCAGAGGAAGUUGGAGCAGCACCGGCAGGAGCAGGAGCUGGAGAAGCAGCACCGAGAGCAGAAACUGCAGCAGCUGAAAAACAAAGAGAAAGGGAAAGAGAGUGCUGUGGCAAGCACAGAAGUGAAGAUGAAAUUGCAGGAAUUUGUGUUGAACAAGAAGAAGGCUCUGGCCCACCGUAAUCUCAACCACUGCAUAUCCAGUGACCCUCGCUUCUGGUACGGGAAGACCCAGCACAGCUCUCUGGACCAGAGCUCCCCACCCCAAAGUGGCGUCUCCGGCACCUACAACCACCCAGUCCUGGGGAUGUACGAUUCCAAAGAUGACUUCCCACUCAGAAAAACAGCCUCUGAACCCAACCUGAAGCUGCGCUCCAGACUAAAGCAGAAGGUGGCUGAGAGGAGGAGCAGCCCGCUCCUGCGCAGGAAGGACGGGCCCGUGGUGACGGCGCUCAAGAAGCGCCCGCUGGACGUCACAGACUCUGCAUGCAACAGUGCUCCUGGAUCUGGUCCCAGCUCUCCGAACAACAGCUCCAACAACAUCAGCACCGAGAACGGAAUUGCGGGAUCAGUCACGAGUAUCCAGGCAGAGACCAGCCUGGCUCACAGGCUCGUGAACCGCGAGGGCUCUGUGACGCAGCUCCCGCUCUACACCUCGCCCUCCCUGCCCAACAUCACGCUAGGACUGCCUGCCACCGGCCCUUCCAGCGCGGGACAAGCGCAGCAGGACGCGGAGAGGCUGGCAAUCCCAGCCUUACAGCAGCGGAUCUCCUUAUUCCCUGGCACUCACCUCACUCCUUACCUGAGCACUACAACGUUGGAGAGGGAUGGAGGAACUGCACACAACCCUCUCCUGCAGCACAUGGUCCUACUGGAACAGCCAACUGCACAAACACCCCUGGUCACAGACUGGUAUCUUUCAGGACUGCCCCUGCACGCACAGCCCCUGGUGGGUGGAGAGAGGGUCUCCCCUUCGAUCCACAAGCUGCGGCAGCACCGCCCGCUCGGGCGCACACAGUCUGCUCCCCUGCCCCAGAACGCCCAGGCCCUCCAGCAGCUGGUGAUCCAGCAGCAGCACCAGCAGUUUCUGGAGAAACACAAACAGCAAUUCCAGCAGCAGCAGCUGCACAUCAGCAAGAUCAUCUCCAAGCCCGCCGAGCCGGCACGGCAGCACGAGAGCCACCCCGAGGAGACGGAGGAGGAGCUGCGGGAGCACCAGGCGCUGCUGGAGGAGCCGUACGGAGAGCGGGGCCAGAAGGAGCCCCCGGCACUGGCCAGCGUGGUGCAGGUCAAGCAGGAGCCCAUUGAGAGUGAUGAGGAGGAGUCGGAGCCGCAGCAGGAGCUGGAGUCCGGGCAGAGGCAGGCGGAGCAGGAGCUGCUCUUCCGCCAGCAAGCCCUGCUCCUGGAGCAGCAGCGGAUUCACCAGCUGAGGAACUACCAGGCAUCACUGGAGGCAGCCGGCAUGCCCGUGUCCUUUGGGGGGCACCGGCCCCUGUCCCGGGCACAGUCCUCCCCUGCCUCAGCCACCUUCCCCAUGUCCGUGCAGGAGCCACCCACUAAGCCAAGGUUCACAACAGGCCUUGUGUACGACACAUUGAUGCUGAAGCACCAGUGCACCUGUGGAAACACCAACAGCCACCCCGAGCAUGCAGGCAGGAUCCAGAGCAUCUGGUCCAGGCUCCAGGAGACAGGACUACGGGGCAAGUGUGAGUGCAUCCGUGGCAGAAAGGCGACACUGGAGGAGCUACAGACGGUUCACUCAGAAGCCCACACGCUGCUCUAUGGCACAAACCCUCUGAACAGGCAGAAACUGGACAGCAAGAAGCUUCUAGGUUCCCUAACGUCGAUGUUUGUCAGGCUGCCUUGCGGUGGUGUCGGGGUUGACAGUGACACCAUUUGGAACGAGGUGCACUCGUCUGGCGCCGCUCGCCUGGCCGUGGGCUGUGUCAUCGAGCUGGUGUUCAAAGUGGCCACAGGAGAACUGAAGAAUGGAUUUGCUGUUGUCCGACCCCCGGGUCACCACGCGGAGGAGAGCACACCCAUGGGUUUCUGCUAUUUUAACUCCGUGGCAAUUGCAGCCAAGCUGCUCCAGCAAAGACUCAAUGUGAGCAAAAUCCUGAUUGUGGACUGGGAUGUCCACCAUGGGAAUGGUACUCAGCAGGCCUUCUACAACGAUCCCAACGUCCUUUACAUCUCACUACAUCGCUAUGACGAUGGCAACUUCUUCCCAGGCAGCGGCGCUCCAGAUGAGGUUGGCACAGGAGCAGGAGUUGGUUUCAAUGUUAACAUGGCAUUUACUGGUGGCCUGGAUCCGCCCAUGGGAGACACAGAAUAUUUAACUGCCUUCAGGACAGUAGUGAUGCCCAUUGCUAAUGAGUUUGCCCCAGAUGUUGUGCUGGUGUCGUCUGGUUUCGAUGCUGUGGAAGGGCACCCCACACCCCUUGGAGGAUAUAAUCUGUCAGCAAAGUGCUUCGGGUACCUGACGAAGCAGCUGAUGGGGCUGGCUGGGGGCCGCGUCGUGCUGGCCCUCGAGGGUGGCCACGACCUCACCGCCAUCUGCGACGCCUCGGAGGCUUGUGUGUCUGCCCUGCUGGGAAAUGAGCUUGACCCUCUUCCAGAGAAGGUUUUCCAGCAGAGAGCAAAUGCUAAUGCGGUGCAUUCCAUGGAGAAAGUCAUCGAGAUCCACAGCAAGUACUGGCAUUCCCUGCAGCGUUUCGCCUCCACGGUGGGAUAUUCCCUGGUGGAGGCCCAGAAGUGUGAGAAUGAGGAGGCAGAGACAGUGACGGCCAUGGCAUCGCUGUCAGUGGGCGUGAAGCCGGCGGAGAAGAGACCUGAUGACGAACCCAUGGAAGAGGAGCCUCCCCUGUAGCAUCCACCUUUGAGCUGGAGUUCUCCUGUCUGUUCGUCUUCGUCUUGAAGCUCUGCCAAGAAGCUUUCUCUUGUUACUCCUGCGUUCUGUCAUAGUUAUUUCCCGAAUGUGGAAGGACAGCCAGGUGUAAAGCAAAGCAAGCGACAAAAAAACCACAAAUCUCUCCACAUCUCUGAGUCUCUUUUUGCCGAGAAAAACCACACUGGUGAAGAGCAGCAAAGGACUGACACGUUGGGCACUCUUCCUCUGGUCCUCACUGGAAGUGGAAAGAGGAACGAUGCCCGGGAAGUCUUUGGCAGAGUUGCCAAACAAAAAAAAAACAACAACAAAAAAACCCAAAAAAACAACAACAACAAAAAAAAACAAACAAAAAACAAAACAAAAAAAACAAAGCAAAACAAAACACAAGAAUAACAAAGAAAUCAAAGAUUCAACAACACAAAUCAAACAAACCUUAACAUAAAACUGGUGCUUACAAAGUUGAUUACCCACAACUGAGCAAUCUCCGCUUGAACCACUCAACCCAUUGUGUACUUUCUUUUCUUGGAUAUUUGGAAAUGGCUCUUGCCUGCCUGUGAGUCAACAACAGCUCUUGUCGGAAUGGGGACAAGAUUGGGAGAUGAUGGUGAAUUUUUAAUGGGAGGGACAGGGAAUGAGGGACUCAUCUGACACCUAAAGGAAAGGGAAGCAGAAGUGGGGGGGAACAGUAGCCCAGAUGGAGUCGGCUUUAUUGUCUCCAAAGCCAUCUGAAGAUGAGUUUGUGCCUUUUUUUUUAAUUGAUGGAUUUGGUGCAGCUGGAUUUUCUGAAGUUUGAGGAACAAUGCCUUAAGUAAAAAUUAAUUAAAAAAAAAAAAGAAAAGAAAAAAACCACACAAAGAACACAGCAGUUCCUGAAUAUUUUUCCUCUGGUUGGAAAAGCCAAGGACUGCCAUCAGGAAGGAAGACUUUUUGGCUUGUGCUGGCAUGAUGAUGGGAAGCAGGCAUCAGCUGAACAGAGCGUCUCCAAAAACUGUCAACAAGUUUGGAUUUGUUUUGUUUUCUUUCAUUGAUGUUUCAGAGAAAAAAAAAAAAAGGAAAAAAAAAUAAGGUAGUUGCCAGGAAAGUGGCAAAUACUGUUGGGUCUUUGAAAUUCAACCAUUUUUUAACAACCGAUUUUCAAAUGUUUUCUCUCUCUUUUACAUGAUCUAGUAAUUGAACUUAUCAAUUUGGUUGUUGAAGCAUGUAUUAGACACAAAUGCAGGUUUUAAGACUGGAAUGCUUUUUAUUAAAAGCAACUAGCAUGAGAUAUUGCUUAAAUUGUUAGAUAUAAAUAUAUAUAUAUGUGUAUAAUGUAUAUUCCAAAUGUAUUCCAAGCUUAGAAACCGGAUUCCUCUGAAUUAUUGAGAAAAAUAUUUAUGAUGCAUUUAUAGAAAAAAAGACAAAAAAAUGUAUGUAAUAAAUGCAUACUCUUAACAGUAGCCAUUGGAAGCUCCCUAGGGACAGAUUUGGGAAUUGUAACAAGGUCAAAGGUGCUUUUGGAAAAGGAUCCAGGUUGAAACUUGAGGACAUUUCAGGCAACAGGUUGGGAAGAUUUUCAGAAAGCCAACACUUUAGCCACUGGGCAACUACCCUAAACAUUUGUAUUUUAAUUUAAGGUUUUUAGUUGUGAUCCUUUUCUAACAAAAACAAGAAAAAAAAAAAGUUUUUUAUAGCAAAGAUGGUAAAUUUGCUGUUAAUUUUUAUAUGGAUAUUUUCCAAAACCCUCCAGAAGCCUUGUUUGUGUGACUCUGAUAUUUCUUUUCCAUUUGGCAGGUUGCCUUUCCGAACGGCAAUAGCAUCUAAACCUUUCUUCCUCCCUCUUUUCUUGCUUAUAAUUACAUGGAUUUCCCUUUUUUUAUUAUUUUUUAAAUUUUAUUUUCUGUAUUGUUUUCUCUCCUUUUCCUCAACUCUUCUGUACAGUGAGCAGCUUUCUGCAGGUGUAAGGAACCGUGGGCAGAAUGACAGUUUGUUUUUUUCUGGGAAAGGGCAUGUUUUAUGGAGGAGGAGGAGGAGGAGGAGGGACUGCAAUGGGCUCUUCUGUUGUUCCAAUUCUGCCGACUGUAUAUUUCCUCAGCUCUCUUGCAGUAGCUAUGUAAAGAAAAUAAGGAAUUUUCUUACCUGGUAGCAUUCAGUGGGCGAUGCCUUUGUCUGGCCCUUGGCUCCUGGUGCUGCCUCCCUCGGGAGGGCUCCUUGGACACUCCAGGACCGCCAGCGUUUUCUCUCUGCCGGACAUGCCCACAAACUCCCCACUUCCUCUCUCCCUCUUUUUCUCCCCUCUUUUGCUUCCUGGCACUGGGAGGGGUUUUGGAGGCAUUUUUUUUUCACCCCCCACCUCGAAGAGGUCAUUGCCUCCCGGGAAUGCUGGGUGGGAGAGUGGAGCGUCUUCGCAGGGACAGCACUCCCGGCAUGCCUUCCUCCAGCAGUGUAGGACAGCACAUCCCUCUUCCCAGCAUAGCUUCUCCUUAACCACCCUUCCUUCUUUUGUCCUGUUCCCAUGCUGAUUGGCGGGAUUGCUUCCAGUAACUUCUCUUCUUUCCAGUUCUCGAAGCAGCCGCUUUCGUUCUGUUCAGGACUUGCUGGCUGGAGGAAUCAGGAGCAUGACCCCACGCUGGAGGCUUUUGUUUCCCUCCUUGAUUUUUAGCGCAGUUUCAAAACCAGACACUACAGCAUUUGAGUGGUGCAAACCCAAGUACAUCCAAAAAUCCCAAAAAGCUCUGGUGGCAAGGCCCAUCCUUGGUAUAUCCUAAAAAAUCCUCCCGCGUGAGAGCGCCAUGUACCUGGGGAUGUUGUGGUUUGGGGUUUUCCUCCAUCUGACAAUGCUGCUGCUGUGAUCUCAAAUCCAUCCGGCUGCCGAAUUUGGUGACUGACGUGGGGUUUUUCUCCCUGUGCCAUGGGCAGUGCCUGUGUUUACACCUCCCUUUCUGUUGUCAGCUCUUUCCCAGAAGGUUUUUGACAU